GACGUUCCAGACCAGUUUAGCUGCGUCCACUCUGAUUUGAGAUGUUGCAGCUAGCUACCACUCUGCACACCGAGGAGCCAGCAGAAUAAACUGUAGAUAAAUGUCUUCACCAACUCAAGCAGAUGAUGAUGAGGUGGAGGAAGUGGAGUUUGUAUCAGAGGGACCUGUCAGACCAGUACUGGACUGUAUUGAUCUGCUGAGUGACAGUGAGGAUGAGGGAUGUUCGCCAUUGGAAAGCACGAUUGAAGAUAAAAUCAACCGCCAUAAAGCGCAUGUUACAUCUACACUGGACAGACUAGCGCAGCAGGUGGCCCUAGAGAAAAAGGAAAGAUCAGAUAAAUGUAGAGCGUUUAAGGAGAAGCAAAUCUUACAAAGAGCUCAUGGACAGCAGGAGCUGGCUUUAAGUUCUACAAAUGGUACUAACCGGGAAGCAAAGCACUGUGUAGACAUGUGGCUGAAGAUGCCAGGUCCUAAACCUGGAGUGAUCAGUGCUGGCUUUGGAAGAAGACAAAGACCUGCUUCUAUCCCCGGCAAUACUUCAGCUAGACACGCUUGUCCAGUGAUCCACUGUGGUCGAGUUUAUGACAGUGCGUCCCUGCUUGAUGGCCACUUAAAAAGGUUUGAUCACUCCCCCUGUGACCCCACCAUCAGUCUUAAGGGAUGUCCAUCUGAGCUCUUUGCCUGUGUUUCCUGUGGUCAACAUUUUCAGACUGAAGAAGCGUGGAGGAAGCAUGUUCAAGUAAAGGUGGCCUCAUCCACUGCUGACGGUCACAACAUCAACGAGACCUAUCAGCGGAUUGUGUGUUUUGCCUGUCCUGCAUGCUACUUCCUCUUCAACCUGAGGGAUGAGUGUCUCCAGCACAUGUCAGCCAGAAACCAUUUCACAGAGUCCCUCGCCAUGAGUGAAACCAGAGGAAAACCACAGCCAGUUCCCAUCUCUCAAUAUGUUAAGAAUCGUCUCAUCACUUUGUGCAAGGAGGCUACAUUCAAUGUCCGAUGUUCCUUAUGUCACAAAGUACUGAGCUCACAUCAGGCCGCUCAGGCUCACUUUAACGUGCACUGCAGACAGGGCUGUGCAGUGGCCAAGGCUGAUAAAACAGUCGUGCAGGUGAUGAAACAGCUGCAGGUGCGAGGGCAGUGCUCCCUCUGCUCUAAAAUCUUCCUCAGCCAAGCUGAAAUUGAGAAACACAAAGAAUCGACCCAGCAUGACGUGGAGGUCAACCAAACAAUGGAGAAAGCCCUCCUUCAGUACUGCAGGUUUAGUGAAAUUCAACACUCCCAGAGGGAUAGAGAGGCACAGAGGAAACGACAAUCCACUGGCCUUGAAACACCUUUUCAAAAAAGAAACAUGAAAAGGAGAGAAUGUGAAGAAUCUCCAAGCAAACGGAAGAGACUGAGUGUGAGCGGCAGCCCCAGCAGAAACUCAGUGACCGCGUGGUUCUGCGAGUGUGGUAUUCAGUUCUCAGAGGAGGCUACAGCCAGUAAGCAUCUCUUGGCUGUGAACCAAAUUUUCCAUCAGUGUGGCGUGUGUGGCAAACACAUGGGAGAGUCCUCAGUUACCCGUCUGCAUAUGAGUCGCUUCCACGGAGGAGCUCAUCUCUCCAACUUCCUCUUCUUCUGCCGCAAGUGCAAAGUGGAGAUGCCUCGCUAUGAAGAUAUCCUGUCACACGUUUCUGAAGCUCACAGCGGACACACCUUCUUCGCCGAACAGGAAGUGCCGGAGGAGCUCACCACAGUCAUCGACGCUAAGCCGUCCACCAGCGGCGAAAUCGGCCUACAUUCAUCCCUCAAAUCCACAGUGCAGCAGAACACUGUAGAGACGUCUUUAAAAGCAGAGCAGACUUGGAUGUGCAGGAUGUGCGAGGACAUCUUUGACUCAGAAGACGCCGUUCGUAAACACUGCAGUGACGUGAGCGGUCACAGCUUUCAGAGAUUCAUCUGUGGACAUUGCCCGCAGAAGUUUUUCAAAGAGUCCACUGUGCGAAGACAUUGUGCGAAUGAGCACAACGGGCAGAUCAAGAGCUCGCACUUCUGUGGCCUCUGCGACAGCAUGCAGUUUGAAUCCGAGGGCGAGUUCUUGGAGCACUACAAGAGUCUUCACAGUAAAGACUACUACUGUAUGGAUGAUGUGGAAGUUGUUCAGCCCGCUGCUGCUGAAAGCACCAGUGAGCGUACAUGCCCAUGCAUGGGUUCAGGCAAGAGCAACGAGGAAAUGAAAGCUAUGUAUACGCAAUGUAUGAGGAAUCUGUCCGCUGAAGGAAAAUGUCAGUAUGUGUGCGCUCCAUGUGGCGUAUCAGUGCCUUCAUAUGCACAGAUCAAGACUCAUGUCCACACAACGCACGCAGCCCUGAACCUGGACAAGUCCUUUAAUGUAGAAUGCAAAGCUUGCCAGGAGAGUUUUACGGUUGUACCAAGUUUCCAUAAACACUAUCACUCCCAACACUGUACACUGAAACCCUGCACGAGCUCCAGGACCUGCAGGAAAGAUAUGAAUGAGAAGCCCACCACUGUAAAAGUACUCAAUGCUGUGGAGAUCACAUCAAAUGAGAUUAAAGAUGAAACACUGAUGAUGUUUUUGAAAAAGGACCAGGCCAACAUAGAAAGGGGAGCAUCUGAAUCGGAUGACGAGAUGAACCAGAAUCCAUCUUUUAGUGCAGAAGAUAGAGAGUCAGCAGAGAUUGAAGAGGCUCUUAAAAGAAGUCUUCUGGAGUUCUAAGGACAUGAUGUGAUCAGUCUUUUGUGACGCAGUGUUCACCGAGUUGUUUUGUAUAAGGUAUUUGUGUUGAGAUUAUUAAAUAAACAGUAGUUGCUAUUGUA